AUGGUGACAAUCUCUACGAAGUGGCCCUGUUUGAAGCACUCGCUCCUGGAACAUUUCUCGGUUUUUGGACAAGUGGAGGAUCUCCAAUGGAAUAAGAUACGUGUGAGGGAGGCUACGCAGGCGGCCAAGGCUUUGUAUUGCACCAAGCACAAUGUGAAUGGCCAAGCUAUUCUUUUGCAAGCCAGCAGCUCCUGGCACCAACCGCCGGAGGAGGAGGAGUAAGACGGAACUCGGAAUGUGGAUGACUUUUGGCGAGAAGUGGUCGCUUACCUUCCACUGAAUUCUCGUCUCGGCUUUGCCACCAGCUGUGAAAGAUUCCAAACGAUCCACGAAUUGGAUUCGCAUCAGCUUAAUCGUUUUCUUAGGAUGGACGAUGUUUGCACACUAACCCACUGGGGCAUUAAAGCGAAUUAUUGUGGACCUGGGAUCUUAUCGUUCGUGGUGAUCUGUUCCAUCUCCGCGAACUACGCUGCUUAUCUGUACCAGCCGCUGGUGCAAAGCUGUCCAAUGCUCGAAGUUCUCAAGGUGCCCAUAAAUCCAGAUUUGGAUGCGACGCCCCUCGGCGGUCUGUCUCAUCUUGGUACCUUGCUCCUUCGCUCUUUCUUGAAUCCGCUUUCCACUGACUGGAGUACCACGCUGCUCAUAUCGCUCGUGGAAUUGGAUUCUCUGCGCCAUUUAGAGUACCACCACAGUGGAGUUCUAAUUGACUUCGAAGAUUCCAAGGACCUCAGGAUUAUCUCCCAGCUUAAAGAACUGCGGACUCUAAUAUUACCAGAUCAGAACUUUGACCUAAUGGAACUGAUGGAACUGCGAAAACUUAGUGCCUUGGAGUUUCUGGACCUGAGUGGAUCGCCUUCUCUAACCAAUGAGACGAGUUAAAAGUCAAGC